CAGAGCACAUGGCAUUGUCUUCAACAACCUUCAUUGGCCAGUGGAAAUCAGUCAAAUCUUCUGUUACCUCUGAAGUUAUCACCAGCGUCUGUAGUAAGCGCUGAUAUACCGUGUAUAAUGAGUAACAUGGUGACAGAAAUUGUGGCCUUUAUUAUGAGCAUGUCUGGCUGGGUCCUCAUAUCUUCAACUAUACUCACGGAGGACUGGAGGUGGGAUGGCUCUCUUGAUGACUCAAUCCUUGAAUCAGCUUUCUUCUGGUCCAACCUGUGGAAAACAUGUGUCACUGAUUCAACAGGAGUCACCAACUGCAAGGAAUUUCCUUCAAUGCUGGCACUGGAUGGCUAUAUUCAGGCCUGCAGGGGUCUGAUAAUCGCAGCAGUGUGUCUGGGCUUCUUUGGUGCUGUCUUUGCCCUGGUUGGAAUGAAGUGUACUAAGAUUGGGGGAUCAGACCAAAACAAAGCCAGGAUAGCUUGCUUCGCGGGGGUCAAUUUCAUAUUAUGCGGUGUCAGCUCUUUGUCUGCAUGCUCCGUGUAUGCACACAGGAUAACAUCAGAGUUUUUUGACCCCAUGUUUGUUGCUCAGAAGUAUGAACUGGGAGCUGCCUUGUUUGUUGGUUGGACAGGAUCGAUCCUGUGUAUUCUGGGAGGGGUGAUAUUCUGCUUCUCCAUAGUAGAUAUAUUUACUAGCUCUAGUCAUCCAGGCUAUAUCUACAGAGCACAUGCCUCUGCAUCCCAUGUCCCUUCUCAGUCUAGAGGACAUAGACAGCCCCUGAGCCAGCGGCCUUCACAAGAGUACAGCAGGUCUUCCAGAAUACAGCAUUUUGAUAAGAAUGCUUAUGUAUAAUGGGUGAUAUGACAAAUGCACAUUGCUACCAGGACCAGGGGUGCAAGACAUGCUGAAAAUUAUGAACAGUUAUUGUGCCACAUUUUUUUUUAGACAUUGAUAAAAGCAUUGGAACUACUUAACUCAGGGCAGAUUGAUAGUGGUUUGGAAAGCAAAGAAAUUAGGUUAAGACGAUGCCUUCUCCAUAGACCGAACCUAGUUUUGAGCGAACAUCACUUUAACUCACAUUGUUUUCAUUUGAGACAUGGUCAAAAGUAAACAUACUUUUAGGUAAUUUCUUUGGUAUUAAGAAAGAUUCUGUUAAGGUCUUUUGUCAUGUAAAUAAAAUAGAAAUUACCUAUUUGUAGAAAUCCUCAAAACUCUACUGCUCAACUGUUUGCCACUAUACAAAUGUGAUUAUAGAUGCAUAGAAUGUUUUAUUACUAAGGAGAUUUUCUUUGAUCAAAGAAUGAUAAACUGGUUAUUUAAGCUGAUCAGUAUCCACACAUUUAUGAUAGCACACAUAAAAUGAAUAAAAUAAAACCUAUUCUUACAUUGUACAAUGCCCUCAAGAAUUACUGGUCCCCUUGGCAAAGAUCAGAUAAAAGGUUUAGGAUCAAAUUAAAUUAGUAUUCAUCAGCUUGAUGAAUAAGAAUUAUUGAAAAAUUAUUAUUGAAA